UAUAUUAUGCAGGUAUUCCUAGUAUAUCAUGUUUAUAUACCUCCUGAAACACUAUCAUUCAGACUAAAGUUUGUUGGCUGCAUGUAUCACGAAGGACGAGGGAAUAUGGCCUAUGUUCUUAGAAGAGAGAAAAUAUCAUUUUGAAUACUCACUGUCAUAUUUCAAAGCAUUAAUUAUCACGGGCAUUAAAAAUUCUUCCGAGGAUCUGAAUGUAUGGAACGCGACAUGAGAAUAUUGUUUUACGCUUGGAAAAGUUAGACUUAAUUCUGACGAGAACCCACGGCACUAUAAUGCACUGAUGGUCUAUGGAACGCGUCAACGUACUUUGUGUGCACAUAGACCGUAUAGGUUAAGUGUAUGUGUGUGAAACAUUUUACUUUUGAUGAAGAAAACCUCAACAUUUUGGAUAUGAAGAGCUUUAGUGAUGAGAAGAUUCCCAACCUACUAUGUGCAUAGUCGAAACAGCUUUAGAUGUUUCCCUAUACGCACACGAAUAUCAUAUUGGACUGAUCUGAUCCAACCUUUACAAACGGAUAGGAAAAUCUAGGACUGCCAGAUUUAGAUAUAUAUCCGAAGAUCCGAACAAACCGCCUACUAUAAUAAUUUAUCUUAUGGAUUUCUGGAGAUUAUUAUUAUCAUUAUUAUUUAUGUAGUCGUACACUGCUCAACACCACCGAAGAGAAAAGAAAGUCUGGAUUAAAAUGGGAGGAAGCAAAAAUUAUUUCAAAUUCACCGAAUUAUUGAACAAAGACGAUGACGAGAAGGUAUUCAAGGAAAGUUCACGCGUGGACGACCACGGAUUCGAUAUGGACGAUGAUGACGACGAUGAUCGUAAGAAUAAGACAUGUUUCGUUACGGUCGAACCAGUCGUACUCCUUUUCUACAUGGCAUAUAGCAUGAUGUCAACAAUGCGAACGGAAUACGUCACAAAGCGCAUCUACAAUGAAUACAAUAUCCAUAAUGGCUUGCGUUUGAACUUUGACCCCUGGAGAGAUGAGUGCGAUGGACCAAUCAACGCAAGCAUUUCAAAUUACACGAAGACUAGUAUGAAUAUGGAGAACGCGCAGGCGGACGCUUCUUAUUGGUUGUUGAUAUAUAAUCUUGUUCAAAUUUUUCCCGCGAUGAUCGUAUCACCGUUGGUCGGAUCGUGGAGCGAUCGCGCAGGUCGUAAGGUGGCGAUGUUACUCCCAGCGUUUGGUUAUUUGAUCGGAAUAUCGAUCUGGCUUGUAGUUGUCUACUAUCAAUUAUCGAAAUCUUAUAUCACUAUCGCAUAUCUUAUAAUGGGGUCCUUUGGGGACUUCCCAACGCUCCUCGCCGUCUGCAAUGCCUACAUGAGCGAUAUCGCUACGCAACAAUCGCGAACAUAUCGCAUGAUCAUCCUGGGUAUCGUAAUCGAAUUCACAACAGGUGUAUCCCAAAUCGUUAUCGGAUUUUGGAUUUUCUACUCGGGUUUCGCUGCUCCAUUUUGGUUUAUUUUUGCAGCUAUUGUGGCAGUCAUUGCAUACAUUGUAAUCUUCCUCAAAGAGUCGAAUACAAACAUCGGCGAAAGGCCAGCAAACUUUUUCUCUGCCUCGCAGUUCGAUGCUGUGUUCGCGCUUUUCGCGCGCGCAGAUUCAAGGAAGAGAAGUGAGCUAGUCUCUUGCCUAGUCGUUCUCGGGUUCCACAUGAUGAGUCUGCAUUCAACAUUCCUAUUGGUUCUACUGGUUGUUCUAAGCCCUCCGCUGUGUUGGACGUCUAUCAUUGUGGGGUUCUACAUCGCUUCGUCUUUUCUCUUCGGUUCAGUUGGGACGUUGAUUGGUGGGAAACUCUUCAGUGGUCUAAUAGACGAUCUAACUAUCACUCAGAUUGGGAUUUGGUCCAGUCUAAUUGGUCUGUCCUUCAUUGCCUUCGGAAAUUCUUCCCUUGUACUCUUUCUUGGUGCAAUGUUGGGAUCAUUCCGGUUUCUGACGUCACCAUCGAUGAGGUCAAGGCUCUCUAAACUAGCUGACGAGCACGAACAGGGUGCCGUAUUGGCUUGUGCAAGUUGUGUUGAAAGUCUUGGCAGUCUGAUCGGUCCAUCGUUGUAUAACCUCGUCUACAGUCUUACUCUGGAAUAUUUUCGAGGGAUCGUGUUCCUCGUCAUGGCAGCCCUAUACGUUCCGAUAUCCGUUCUUGUCACGUAUCACCGCUGGUACGACUUAAUCACGACAGCGCCAUCUAUCAAUGGAAAACGGGGCAGUGAUGUCAAACCACCCGAAUAGGCUGGAGUAUUUUCAAUAAACGUUUGACAGUUGGGGAUUUUUUUAUUUUUUGUCUUUUUUUUUGCAAUGACAUCUUUUUUUGGUCUCGCAUGCAUAGCAGAGCCGCUAGACAAAUGUCAUCAUAACUUAAGAAGUAUAUGGACAUGGUUCAUUAAACUUGGAUAUAAGGGUAAUCAAGUAGGCCUAUUG